AUGACCACUACAAAUGAUGAUAUGAUGGAAUUAAAAAUAGACGAGCCUAUUUCAUCAUCAUCAUCAUCUUUAUUAAAUACUCAUCAUCAUCAUCAUUAUCAUGAAUCAUCAGGUUACUCAUCAAAAGAAGCUGAAUGUAGUAGUCCAGAAAAUAAAACUCAUAUACCACAUCGACAGCAUGAAACUAAAUUGAGAAUUACGGCAAACAAUAAUAACAAUAAUAAUAAUAAUAAUAAUAAUAAUAACAAUAGUAGCAGAACAACUGACAUUCAUCGUCGACGACAUAGAUUACCUACGUCAUCAAUAACAACACCAAAUAGUGGUUCAUUAUCUGUUGAUGAAUCUUUAACAGAAUCAAACGAUACCGAACGAACGGUCAUUACUCUCGAUAAAUCGAUUCAUCGUCUAUCACCGAUCUGUGAUGAACAACUACUACCAACAACGAAUACAUUAUCAAAUAAUCAACAUUUUCCUAUAAUUAUUCCGUCCGAUGAUAAUCAUAUUUGUACAUCAUCACCACCAUCACCACCACCACCAUCGCAACCAUCAUCAUCAUCAACAUCAACAGCAUUAUCUAGACAUUCAACUAAAUCACCUUCACAUCAAGCAACACUUUUAGCUCGUCGACAUUUUCAUGUAUAUGAUUGGACACGUCUUUCAUUUUAUGAUAAUGUACCACCACCACUUGGUUAUCAAAGUGAACCAUUAUUUAUUGAUAAUCAUUCUCCAACAACAACAUCAAUAUCAUCUACAGAUGAAAAUAAUAUAAAACAUUUAUCAUUAACACAUAUACGUUCAUCAACUGAUAGAAAAGAUUCUGGUCUUGAUACAAGUAGUGUUGAAAGACAAAUUGAUUCUAUUGCAUUAACAACAAAUACUGAACAAUUACAUCGAUCAACAACUUCUUUAUCAUCAUCUUUAUCAUCAGAAAAUGAUGCAACAAAUACUAUACCAUCAUCAUCAACACCAUCACGUUUACCAACUAGUCGCAAAAUUCGUGUGAAAUGGCAUUCAUUUACAAAAUCUCAUCGUCCAAGUUUUAAUUCAUCAAAAUAUCAUUUAGGACAAAUGUCUGUUGGACAAUUAUUUGCUUUACGUCGUGCAGCAUCAAUACGUAUACAAGAAUUACUUGAUACAACAAGAAUAUUAUCAUCAAAUAAAGAUGAUCAAAUACCAACAUUAGUUAAUACAACAGUUGCAACAUCACAAAGUUUACUUGCAACUGCAUUUAGUGCUGUACCAAAAUUAAUUAUUCGACGACAUCAACAAAGAAAAGAAGGUCAUCAUCAUCCUCAAAUAAAAGAUAUUAAAAAAACUGUAUUUGGUGUAUCACUUCUUUCAAUGACACAACGUACUGGACAUCCAGUACCAAUAACAAUAAUUUCAGCAAUGAAAUAUUUAAGAAGAACAUCAAUUGAUAGUGUUGGAAUAUUUCGUAAACCUGGUGUAUCACAUCGUAUAAAACGUUUACAUGAUUUAAUUGAAUCUGAUCUUGAAUUUCAUCAAUUCGAUGAUUUUAGUCCAUAUGAUGUAUCUGAUGUAUUAAAACAAUAUUUUCGUUCAUUACCUGAAUGUUUAUUUACAACAAAAUUAUCACCAUUAUUCCUUAAUAUAAGUGAACAUUUUUCUACAAUAUCAUCUUCAACAUCAAUUGAUUCAACAUUAAUUAAAUUAAAUAAUGAACGUCGUUUACGUUCAUUACAAUAUGCUGUUCUUUUAUUACCAGAUGAAAAUCGUCUUGUUUUACAUUUACUUUUAUCAUUUUUAAAUGAUGUUUCAAAACAUUCAAAAACAAAUCAAAUGAGUUCAAUUAAUCUUGCAACUUGUUUUGCACCAACAUUAUUUUCGUUUUAUAAUUAUAAUAACAACAACAAUAAUAAUAAUAAUAAUAAUAAUAAUAUUGAAAUAAAUGAUUCAACAUCAAUAUCAAUACGUAAAACUUCACAAACAAUUAUUUCUUCAAAUAUAAUGGGUAUGCCUGAUUGGAGAGAAAUUCAAGAACAACGUAAAGCUAUGGAAAUUCUUUCAUUUAUGAUUGAUAAUGUUCGUUUAUUAUUUCUUGUACCUGAUGAACUUCAUCAAGCAUGUCAUUUUUCUUAUAUUGAAAUUGGUGAACCAUGUACACUUGAUGAAUUAUCUCGUCGUGUAUCAGAAACAACAACAUCAAUAACAACUACAACAACUCCUAUUUUAAAUAAAUAUCGUCGAUGUUCAUCAAGUAAUCUUGUUGGUAAACGUACAGCACAACAACGUGCUACAGAAAUUGGUACAAUAUCAGCAUCUGAUUCUAUUGGUUCAUUAUCAUCAUCACCAUCAGUAUCAUCAUCAUGUGAAAAUAUGCUUUUAAAUGAUAAUUUAUCUGGUAAUCAUUGUUCAACAUCACCAACAACAAUAAAAUCAUUUUCAUCAUCACGUUUAUUUAAUGAUGAUACAAAUACAUCUUUACAUUCAUCAUCAACAACAACAACAGCAGCAAAUAUAAAAAGUUCUUCUUAUCAAGGUUUUAUGGAUCGUUGUAUUGUUGAAGUUAUGCGUGAAUCAUGUUCAAAUAAAUUAAAAGGAUGGACAUCAUUUGGAAUAAAUAAUGAAUUAGAAUUAGCAUUUAAAAAAUUAGAUGAUGGUCAUCCACUUGGAUUAUGGAAAUGUUCAGUAGAAAUUGAAGCACCACCUAUUGAAAUAUUAAAUCGACUUUUAAAUGAACGACAUUUAUGGGAUGAUGAUUUUCAAUCCGGUACAAUUAUAGAACAGUUAAAUCAAAAUACACAUGUUUAUCAAUAUACACUUAAUUCAAUGGCUCCUCUAGCAUCACGAUAUUUUUGUGAAGUACGUAGUUGGAGAACAAAUAUUCAAUUGAAUUCAAAUGGAAAUUAUCAAAAUUCAAUAUCAAUAAAUAAUAGUAAUGUAAUAACACUAACAGUUGGUUCAUCAUCAUUGGCAUCAUCAAGUGCAAUAGCAUCAUUUGAUACAACACAAAAUCCAAAUAAUCAAAAACGUGAUGCUUGUGUACUUGUUUGUACAUCCAUUGAACAUCCAAAAGCACAUUGUCCACCAACACUUGUUCGUGCUGUUACAUUAGCUUCUCGAUAUUUAAUACAAUCUGUCGGUUGUGGAAAAUCAAAAGUAACACAUUUAAGUCGAGUAGAUUUAAUGGGACGUUCUCAUGAAUGGUAUACGAAAGCAUAUGGGUCAAUACUAACUCGAUCGAUAACGAAACUUAGAGAUUCAUUUAUUCAUUUAAAUACGGGACCCGAAACAAAAGUCUGA